CACUUCUGGCAGGCAGGGAAGCAGGUCAGGCGCGGCGUCGUCUUCGUCGUCUUCGUCCGCUCCUCUUGCGCAGCUCGUCCGCUGCUGCUGCUGGUGCUGCUGAUUUGCACGCACUACUUGAUUCCAAUUUUCUUGCAGCGUCGUCGCCACUUUCUUGCUGUGGAUAUAGCGCCUCGGAUCGUCAGCUUUGCGGGAGUUGGGGCGUUUUUCUCCUCUGCCGACUCCAGGUGGAACUCGAACAGACUUGCUCCGGGAGACGAGUCGAGUGAAGUGGAGAGGGAGGAGGAGAAGGAGGAGGACGGUGAGACUGAGGAACCACGAGGAAUUUUGGGUGGCAAAGAAUCGGUACAAAUUCUCGUGAAGCGAGGCCGGCGAGCGAGCGAGGGACGAGAGGAGAGGAGAAGAGAAGGGAGGAGUCUAGUGAAGUGAAGUCAACGGGACGUGAUUGGAAUUGGGGAGGUUUAGGACGAUCUUCGUCUGGGAGGAUUGACAGCUGCAGCAAAUGUUAGUGAGAGAAUUGGAAAGGAAGGAGGUAGGAGCAGGAGGAGGAGGAGGGCGAAUUGCGGAUUUCAGACGGUGAGGCAGGAGGGAAGCGCGAGGAGAUCUUUAUUUUGUGUGGAACAGGAACAGAGAGCGAGAGCAACGAUGGCCCUCGUCGAGCGCCUGGCGAGUGCGGCCCUUAUUGGUUUGACUUUGGCGCCUCUUGUCGUGAAAGUGAACCCAAAUUUCAACGUUGUGGCCACAGCAUGCCUUACCGUAUUUAUUGGUUGCCAUCGCUCUGUAAAGCCAGCUCCUCCGACUGAAACCAUGUCAAAGGAGCACGCUAUGCGCUUUCCCUUUAUCGGCAGCGCAGUUCUUCUUUCACUGUUUCUUCUUUUCAAGUUCCUACCGAAGGAUUUAAUCAAUACAGUUCUCACAGUCUACUUCUUCGUUCUAGGCGUUCUUGCACUAUCAGCUACCAUACUUCCAUUGAUUGAAAAUUUCCUUCCACCCAGUUGGAACGACAAUGAUAAUGCCGUUUCAUGGCAUCUUCCCUACUUCAAAAAUGUCGAGGUAGAAUUCACGAAGUCACAGGUAGUUGCAGGCAUUCCCGGUACCUUCUUCUGUAUCUGGUACGUGUUUAAGAAGCACUGGUUGGCGAACAAUACACUUGGAUUGGCCUUCUCCAUUCAGGGCAUUGAAAUGCUAUCGCUUGGUUCUUUCAAGAUUGGAGCAAUAUUGUUGGCAGGGUUAUUCAUCUACGACAUAUUUUGGGUCUUCUUUACUCCUGUUAUGGUCAGCGUUGCCAAGUCAUUUGAUGCUCCUAUUAAGUUGAUAUUUCCGACGGGAGAUUUGACAAGACCAUACUCCAUGCUCGGCCUUGGUGACAUCGUUAUUCCAGGAAUUUUUGUGGCUCUGGCCUUACGAUUCGAUGUAUCGAGAGGGAAGGGAAAUCGGUACUUCAACAGUGCCUUCGCCGGCUACACCGCAGGCUUGGUUGUCACCAUCCUGGUCAUGAACUGGUUCCAAGCCGCUCAGCCCGCUUUGCUUUACAUCGUACCCGGAGUGGUUGGGUUUGUUGCUGUGCACUGCUUCAUCAAUGGAGAAGUGAAACCCCUUCUUGAGUUUGAUGAAUCAUCUAAUGCCGAAGAGGGUUCCGAGUCUUCACAAGAAGAUAAGGUAGAGCUAAAGACAAGUGACAAGAAGACCGAUUGAAGUGUACCAUCAGUUCAUUACUCCUCUCUGUUACCAACAUUCUGAAGGAUCCAAGAGACAAAAGGAUACUGAGCAGGUUUUCCACCUUUUUUUUGGAACACUCAAGUGAGAUUUGAUGUUUCGACCCAUCAUUCUUUUAAGCGGCAUUAAUCAGUGGGAUAGAGUGUUUCCUUCCACUCUUCGGUCUUCUUUCGACUUUAGGUAAAGUGUAUUGAUGCUGUCUUCAAAAAUUGAUGACAGUAGCGAGGAUUUCCUUUCAAAAAGGUGUUCCCGUAUAGGGUCUCUAUCCAGAUUGCAUGUGGGGAUACUCUGAAGGAGUACUGUUCUGUCAAUAGUCGAGUGUGGUGAAUUUUGAGCAGUGCUCUCACACUUUGAAAGGAAAAACCGAAUGCAAACAAUAUAAAUCACUUGGUCUGGUCUCCACGAGUCGUCGGUUGCAAAGACGGUCUUUGAACAUGUAGUAUCGAGUGUUUCUGGCCGAUGUCAUUCUUCUGUAUAGUGGCUCCACGACCUUUUGGUGUAAGACAUGCGACCAAAACUUGAAGUUGGAAAAAAUGUCUUAAGAAUCGGCAAUAACUGAAAGCGUGUAAUCAAAAGAGCUCGCCUUGAGGAAAAGACAAUGAUCAACACUUUCCUAUUCUCCAACAAACUAAGUGGAAACGCACAAAACAGCAAUAGCAAUGUAGUUUUUACGCAAGACAAGGUCACAUUAAAGAUGCCUGGGCGAAAU